AUGGCUUGGUCAUUGAAGAAGAUAUUGAAGCUCAAAAAUAACAUUGGUUCGAUCUUUGACAUCCGAAUUGGUGAUGGGCGUGGCACUCUUUUUUGGCACGAUCCAUGGUUUGAAAAUAAACCUUUAAUUAGUAGAGACAAAUUCCGAGGCCUAAGGAUUAGGAGGGAUUGUGUGGCUGCCACGGUUCAUGACAUUCAUAGCAGGCUUUGGGUUUUGACCAUUACUUGGGUCUUGGAAGGCAAAAGAGUUAUUGAUCAUUUGAGCGGUCUCAACCUUUGUGAUAAGGCUGAUGGCCACUUGUGGAAAGCGAAAGAGAAUGAGAAAAUCAAGUCAAGUGCGAUUUGGAACAUUAUUCGGGAGAGAGGUCAAUUCGUGAGUUGGGCUUCUUUUGUAUGGUCUUCUAAAGUUAUCCUGAGACACCGGUUUAUACUUUGGCUUGUCUUCCGGCGAAGGCUUAACACUCGUGAUCGCAUUCUUGCUUACAUGGAUAUCCCGGACGCUAGUUGUGUGCUUUGUAGCGGGUCCUUGGAAUCUAUUAAUCAUCUUUUUGGGAGCUGCUCAUUUGCUAAAUCCAUUUGGAAAUUAUUCUCCUUGGCUAUGGGUAUUGGGAGUUUAUCGGAGUCUUGGGAUGAGAUCAUUAUUUCUGCCCACACCUUUGAUAAAGGUAAUAAAUUCCGUGCCAAUGUCUUUAAAUGCGAAUUUGUAGACAUCAUUUAUCACUUGUGGGCUGAGAGAAAUGCUAGAGUCUUUGGUAGAGUUCAUCGAAACGUUAAUCAUGUGUGGAGCGACAUUGUCUUUGAUUGUGGUGCGCUAAUUAAAAUGUGGAGGCGGAUUCCUAAAGGCGGGCGGGACUGGGUCCUUUGUCACGAAUGGAAAGUCAAUUAUGAUGAAGUCACAUCUUUUAAAUGCUUUAAGGUUAUAUAG